ACAGGUAAAUUGUAAUUAAGUAGGUAUGUUAUUAUAUAAUUAGAACACAAAAUUAUUUUUAAUCGUACUUUUAUUUUAAAACAGUAUAUUUCUAUUCUUUUGACCACCACGGCUGUACAAGUGUACAUUCAUAGGUAUUUCCCACCAAACAUGCAUAAAAAACGGUUCCGCUAAUUUAACAUUCAAUCAAAUUAGCACAACAUUUGAUUCGUAAAAGCUUUUCGAGUUUACGUUUAAUUACGUUUUCGCCAUGGCACCGCUGAGAUGUCUAACUAUAUUACUGGGACUUAUAUUUUAUACUGGGGCGCAGACAAAUACAACGGAUUUAAAUAAACCCGUCAGCAGUAACGGCACUGAGCGGCCCGCGCCGCAUUACGUGCUACCAGCGCUUCGUCGAGCGGUGCUUAUUCUGCAAACUCACAAAAAUACGGCCCUAAGAUCUUCAGACUAUAACUCUCUAAAAUACAUAGAAUACGACGAUAAUGGCGCCUUGUUGAACGAAGUUUUUAUGUAUAACUUAAAAGACGUUGCCAGUUUCUUCGAAGUAUAUCUCGGCACUAGAAUAUGUUAUAAUGCUUGCAACAGUUAAUAAAUAAUAAUCUUGUA